GAGAGACAGGCAGGGACGGUCAGACAUACUUCAGGAUUUGUCACAGAAAUAUGAUGUUUUUAUCAACGAAGUCCAUGCUUUGUACUCUGCGGAUUUAACUAGACACCUACAAGUAUUAUAAAUUAGGAGAGAUUGUUCCAAGCGACUCCCUGGAGGUGCCAAACGAAGCUGCCAUGUCGGUGACUGUUCAUGAGAAUCGGAAAUCCCGCACCAGCACGGGCUCCAUGAACAUCUCGUUGUUCCACAAGCCGUCCCAUCCCGACAGCGUCCUGACCCACCUGAACACCAUGAGGAAGCAGUGCAUGUUCACUGAUGUCACUCUGUGGGCCGGGGAUCGCUCCUUCCCCUGCCACAGGGCUGUCUUGGCAGCGUGCAGUCGUUAUUUUGAGGCAAUGUUCAGCGGGGGCCUAAGAGAAAGCCUGGAUAGCGAUGUCAAUUUCAGAGACAGUAUUCACCCCGAGGUCUUGGAGCUUCUACUGGACUUUGCCUAUUCUUCUCGAGUCAUCAUAAACGAGGAGAAUGCCGAGUCAUUGUUAGAGGCCGGCGACAUGUUGCAGUUUCAUGACAUUCGAGACGCAGCAGCGGAGUUUUUAGAAAAAAACCUGCACUCCUCCAACUGCCUGGGGAUGAUGCUGUUAUCAGAUGCUCACCAGUGUAAAAGACUAUACGAGCUGUCGUGGAGGAUGUGUCUGCUACACUAUGAGACGGUACGAGAAUCAGAGGAUUUCUACAGUCUGUCUAAGGAUAAACUGCUGGAGCUGAUUCUUAGCGAUGAGCUGGAGAUAGAAGACGAACAGGUUGUGUUUAACUCUGUGAUGCGGUGGGUGCGAUAUGACCUGGAGGGUCGGCGUCACCAUUUACCAGAGCUGCUGAGGGGAAUCAGGUUGGCUCUGCUGCCGUCUGAAUGUCUGCUGGAGGCUGUAGCCUGUGAAGAGCUGGUUAUGGCUGAUAAGAGGAGCAGGUCAAUAGUAGAAGAGGCAAUGCAGUGUAAGAAGAAGAUCCUUCAGAAUGACGGUGUGGUCACUAGUCCCUGUGCUCGACCACGCAAGGCAGGACACACACUGCUCAUCCUGGGAGGCCAGACCUUCAUGUGUGAUAAGAUUUACCAGGUGGACCACAAAGCCAAGGAGAUCAUUCCUAAGGCAGACCUCCCCAGCCCCAGGAAGGAGUUCAGCGCGUGUGCCAUCGGCUGUAAGGUUUACGUGACGGGAGGAAGAGGAUCGGAGAACGGAGUGUCUAAAGACGUCUGGAUCUAUGACACUGUGCAUGAAGAGUGGUCUAAAGGAGCACCCAUGCUGAUAGCCAGGUUUGGCCAUGGUUCAGCUGAGCUGGAGAACAGUCUCUAUGUUGUUGGGGGUCAUACAGCCAUAGCUGGAGUUUUUCCUGCCUCACCAUCCGUAUCCCUCAAACAGGUGGAGCGGUACGACCCUCUCAGUAACAAAUGGACUAUGAUGGCUCCUCUAAGAGAUGGAGUGAGUAAUGCGGCCGUGGUCAGUGCCAAACUCAAGCUCUUUGUUUUUGGAGGGACCACCAUACACAGGGACAAGGCCUCCAAGGUCCAGUGCUACGACCCUGUGGGUAACCGCUGGAACAUUGCGGCUGAAUGCCCCCAGCCUUGGCGCUACACAGCGGCUGCCGUCUUAGGGAGCCAGAUCUUCAUCAUGGGCGGCGACACUGAAUUCACUGCUGCCUCUGCUUAUCGCUUUGACUGUGAAACCAAUCAGUGGACUCGAGUGGGCGACAUGACGUCCAAACGGAUGAGCUGCCACGCCGUGGCCUCUGGGAAUAAGCUGUAUGUGGUCGGAGGUUAUUUUGGGACGCAGCGGUGUAAAACGUUGGACUGUUACGACCCCACGUCGGAUAGUUGGAACUCCAUCACUACUGUGCCUUACUCACUGAUCCCCACCGCCUUUGUCAGCACGUGGAAACACCUACCUGCCUAACUGGGAGACACCAGGAGCCAGUCAUUCCAGGGGUCGACGUCCUUUGAGGAAGAGCAGCCGGCUGGAGGAGAAGCUCUGAGACUCCGCCCUGCAGUCGGCAGCUGGCUGAGGCUGGAGCUCCACGCAGGACCAAUCCUUAUAAAAACAAGCUGCACCUCACAGACUUUGAACCAGUCCUGAGCGGCGUAGUUAAGAAGCCAACAGCACAGCACCCAGGUCUUAACACACCAAGAGAGAAUCACUCUCCGUCUGAUGCUUCCUGCAUAAUGUGAUGCUACUCAAACAGACUCUGAUGAACCUGACGGACGGAUGCUUUCGUUGACUGACCGCUCACACAAACCUGUGUGUGUUUGUUUUGUGUAUGUGUGCAUUGUUCUGAUGCAAUGCUUUUAUUGUCUUAAUAGUCAUGAAAUUCACUACUAAACCAUUCCAGGGUAAAGACAUAAGCUGUAAUUGCCGCCAGACGACAACAUUUACUCAAGUGGUUUCCUUCAAAAAUGCAACAAAGCGUAAUAGAAAGCAGUUUUAUGUCACGUUGCACUUCACACACUCACUAUACAGUAUUUACUAGGACAUCUGCACCCAAUCAAAGGUAAUGAAGCAAUUGAGAUUGAAUUUUCGGUCCCAUCAACAGAGAAUUUGAACUGCCGUCUUUUAGAAACGCACCUCAUUUUUCUGUGCAUUUACUGCCGGAUAAGUGCGUCAUUGUACCCCAAGAAAACAUUUGGCUCAUUGGAAACAUUGGUUUUUAAUGUUGGAUUGAUACGUCACUGAGACAGUGAAUACUGAAUGGUAUUUGUAGCUUUAGAUUUUAUUUGUCUGAUGUUUGUCGCAUCAGAGUUGUUGUAGUACUGACAACAGACUGAGGUCCGUGAGAAAGUUCACACCAUGACAGCGGCUUGAAAAGCAGACUGACGGAAACGAUGUCAUGUUGAAGCUAAACAUGAACACAAAGUUGUGUUAAGUUAUUUUGACCAAGCAGUCAUCCAUUACUGAAUGCUCAGUAAACUCUGAGGAGUUUCCUCGACCUGAACAACAGGCUAUGUGACAUCAACGCGAGGGAGAUAUCAAAAAUACUCCAGCCAGUUGCACUUGUAAAAUCUACCAGUAUUGGAGGCGUGAAUGAAGAACAACUUGCUCUUUAUUAUUAAUUCUAAUGACCCGCGGUAACUGUUAGCAUGUCAUUCAGUCAGAAACAGUUUGAUCGUGAUUAGAAUUAGAAGUUCUUUGUGAGGACACGCUCAGAAUCACAGCAUUAACGUGGUCUUUUCACUUAAUGUUGACCUUCUGGCUGAUGAGGUCGGAUCCGACGUUGGAGCAAGUAUCUUUAAGUCUCAUGUUGAGAUGCAGUAACUUGUGGGGCCCAAAAACCUUUCAGAUGACGGUAUUUAACUGAACGUUUGCCUCUCCUGAGUCCCAGUGCAGGUUGUCGAGACACCUUUACUGAGCUUUAAAUCAAUGUGUUCCAGCAAAUUUACACGAAAGCGUUAGGAAACACGUUUGAAAGCAUGAUCUGUGGGUUUAAUUAAAAUGCACAUGUGACAGUUUAACGUCUCAAGUUGCACAUGUACUCCUUUGUAUUUCCAGUAGCAUGUUUUAGUGUUGAGGAAACAUGUGGAACUGAAAUAGUAACACUAGAGCAGUGGCACUGGGCUGUCGGUGUCACAGUCAGUCAUGGGAAAUCUUCUCUGUAAGACAACAUGCUGUUUAUAGAACAAAUGUGAGAAGCACAGAACAGCGUCUUGUACAGCGUGUCCUGCAGAAACCACCGGUGCCAAAGCGCAGUUUGAAGAAGCUGGACCCCAAAACCUCUGAAUUGAGAACUGGAUUUCGAGGAAGAAGCUCAUCCCUAAACUGAAUUCUAUAUUUUUUGUUUUUCCUGUAACACCUAUGCAUUUUUAUACUUAACAGUGCAUUCAUUAGCAGCGGUGUGUCUUUGUCCCACAAAUGUGAAAUAUUUUCUACAUGCUGGAGAGAACACCAGCUGUCACGGUAUGAAAAAAUGGCAGAAAAAUGGAUGGAAAGGGUUUCUGCAGGACACAGAUGCAUCAUGGCUGAUAUGUUGUACCGUCUCUGUGGUGCUGUACAGUAUUUGCUGGUGUUAUAAGUCUUUUCCACUCGUCCCCUGUCCAACUGUUAAAAGAGCUGCCGUGAGGACACUACAGACUGGUUGAGUGUGGAAAUGUCUGGGUUUAAUUUCCCUUGAGGUGAAUCGUUUUCUGGAGUUGAAUUUCAGCUACUGCACAAAAGUGAAGACAUGUUCCAAAUUACUCUUCCUCUUUAGAAUUGAAGAAGUCGGACAGAAUGUGUGUUUUGAAAUAACCGAGGAUUUUUGAAAUGAUUUGGAAAAAAAAAAACAACUAAAGGAUCUUCUUUGUGGAAAAAAUGUUAGAUACUGUAUGU